GGCCGCUGUUGGGCCUGGCGCAUCCACGCUAGCCUGUUCUUUUUACUCGUUUUGGCGAGUGCAGCGACGUGCUGAGCCCACUGUUGUGCCUGCACUGCUGCGGCGCCAGGCUUUGCUCGCUCACUCAUCCCCUGGCCUGCCUUCUGGUCGCUCCCCCGGUCGGCCACCAACAAACAACACGCAAGUGUCUUUUCUGCCCCUUCGCCCCAACCUAAGGCCCUUCUCCUCCUCUUCUUUUCCUGUCUUCAUUCUCACCACUUUUGCACAUUUGCAAACGCCGCCGCGCGCACUUUGAGUCUUUCUUUUUCUUCUUUUUUGGUGCGAUUCCAGUCGUACUGCUCAAAAAAAUAAUUUUUUUUUUGAGUAGUCCCCUGGUCCUGCCCGUCCACUCCUUUCUUUGCCUCAUUUUUGCCUGUAUUUAUUCAGCCCAGCCUUUUGCGAGUAUUUUUGUUAUUGCUUUUCUCUUCAUUAGCCUUAUGAUCUCGCACACUCAUUACCAAGCCAUUCGCGAUAAGACUUCCUCGACACAUACGCAGACAACUCACGACCUUUGAGCGACCCGAGUUUAACACUACACUGUAUCCCUUAUGAUCUGCUUCAUCUUCUAGCACCUUUAUAAAGUAUAAUCUACCGUCCAGUGGCUGGGGAGACCAUGGCUGCCGCCGUCAACCCGGAUUCUGCUGGUGGUGUUUCGCCUCCAGCAGAAUCACGAUUCGAUGCACCCGACACUUCACAGCCUGCUACGCCAAAGAUGAACCAUGAUUUCGUAUUCCCAGCACAGUUACACGCUCUCUCACCCACAUCGCCAAGGUCGCCUGGUCGCCGUCGAGCCCUGUCUCCAAUUCAGGUUGGUGACGAAAGCAAAUCGCCCGAUGACGACUCCCAAGGACGAGCAGCUCUCCCAGUCUUUAGUUUCAACCCAGGAGCGAUGCUGCCUCCCAACCCUGACGAAUCGCCAAUGCUUAGCCCUCCAACGUCGCCAUUUUCUUCCAAGCCCAGCCCGUCGUCUUCGAAACCCCCACGACACGGCCACCGACGCGGAGGAAGUGAAUUUGUUGGUGGUAGCAUUCGUGAUGGCAAUUCUAUUGCUGUCAUGAGUACUAGCCCGACAAAGGAGAACGGUUUCGCGUCAGCUGGCCUUCAGCCCCCUCGCCGUGGUCACCGCCGUGGCGUCUCGGGUGCCAUUUCCACCAACGACUUACCCAUCUUGCAGCCGCCUCUGUCAUCUUGGUCAAUGCCUAAAGGCAACAGCGCCCCCAACAGCCCAACAAACUUUGACCAGGGAGUAAUGGCCACCAUACCAAUGCUCGACGGAGCCAAUAUGAUUUCGCUGAAUGAUUCUGUUGGACAACUGGAACCAUCGCCUGAGCUUCUAGACAAUCCAAGCGAUGAGGAGAAGACCGUAUUGAAGAAGAAGUCAUCAAACAAGGGACGUGUUGGAUUUUCCGAUACCCUCGAAUUUAUCCCGCGACCCUUGUCUUUGGUCUCUAGCGACACGUCCAGCACAAUGACGGCACGGCCCAUGCAUUCUGUCUCUGGCAGCAUUUCUUCUGUGGUUUCGCCAACCUCUCCUACUGACCGAGACGCAAUUCCAACUGUUACGCGUAGUCCUACCAGAGACUUUAACGACCAUAGACCUGGUACCGCUGGUGCGAUUCUCGAUCGAACUUCAUCUAUUGCGGAGACAGCCGAUACCUCGCCCCGGCGACGUAACUCAAUCCCCGCUUUGAUUGGACUGGCCGAAGCACAAGAGGCCGCCGCCGGCUCUGCAAACCAAACGAAGCCAUCUAAGCGAUGGUCAUUCUUUGGUUUAGAACCUUUCCUUAACUCAAGCACCGCAUCGAAAGUUCGACCAACAAGCUCAAGUUCGACCGAUUCAGGCAACUCUUCGGAAGAUGACUCUGAAGCGGAUGCCAUUGAUGGAUCUCGUUCCAAGCCAAAGAAGAGAAGCCGCAAAUCUAAAGUCAAGAAGGGUAUGAAGGGAUGGGCCGGCUCAAUUUUGCCAAUCAAGCCGAGACAUGAUAAGAAGCGUGCGAAACCCGGCGACGUUCGGCCACCCACCCCGCCAGCUCCUGCAAUGGUAAUGGAUGAAGAUGAAGAUGAAGAGACUGCUACCACGCCUGUGCUUCUGACACCAACUAUUGUUCUGCCCCCUGCAGAACCACCAAAGAAAGCUCGCGAGGAUAUUGCGUCGCCGAUGAUUGAUUUGGAUGCCGCUCUUGGUCCUUUCAACACGCCUUUGCCUCACAAUCCUGAAUGGGAGGCUGCUCAACGCGCCGCCGGUAAUGUCGGUAAGCGACGAUUGCACAGUGCCCAAGGCCUCAAGGGAUUCAACGGCCCCGGAAUGCACUAUCAUAGACGUGCCGAGUCCGCACCAGACUUGCCACCAUUCGAUGCUGGUCGAGCUGGUAUCCACCGCUUCGGCAGCAGCUCUACAAUGGCUGACGUGUUUGAAGAAGAUGAAGAAGAUGAAGGCCGCCACGAUACGCAACAUGAUAAGAGCCCUGGUUCCAAGUCAGACUCGGACCCAGAGACGUCUCCUUCGCUGCCUUCGUUGUCUAGCCGCACCUCCCUAGCAGAGAGCACUUCUCGCCAAGUCCGCCGAACUGGAUCUGGUCUUAGCGAAAAGGAUCUCAAUGUCGCACGCUCGGUACGUACCGAGUGCUCGCGCACUUCAUUGCACGAGAACGUCAUCAUGGAAGAGCCAAUUUGGGGCAACCCUAGUGCCCGCAGUCCUAGCCUUGCCCAGGGCCGCAGCUCUUUUGACUCGUCUAUGCCAUCGCCCAAGAAGUUGCUUGCGUCAUUUGAGGGAAGCGACGGGAGAAUGUCAACUUCCAACAGCCCUACUGUCGCAUCGGUCUCGACAAUGCCCAUGAGCCCGUAUUCUAUGAGUCACGCCUCUUCUCAUCCUUCACCACGAUCACCCAUGUCUAUUGAUGCACAGCGAAUCUCGACUGCACCAUCUUCGGUUGCUGAUGAAACUAGCUUUCAGUCGUUACUCAUGGGCGAGCCUGGGCCAGAGGUGCGAAUCUCCAUGGAUUACGACAUCCCGUCGCUCAGCUCUAGUACAACAACUAUGACACGUGAAAGUGCUUUCGUACCUACUGCGAGGCCGUAUCAGGCAGCUCUCCGAGAGCAGCGUCCUGCUUCCAUGUCAUCUGCUGCGUUUGGCCGUCGACGAUCAAGCCUUAUUAGCCUGUCCCGGCUCAUUAGUAGCUCUCAUGGAGAGCGCAGCAAGCUCUCUACAGAGCUCACGGCUGACGGUGAUGUAGAGCCACGCUUGACGAAGAAACCCAAGAAAACACGUUUAGGGAAGAUGAUGCAGUUCUGGAAGCCAAACAAAUCGGACUCUGCGACUGGUCACGCACGAACCUGAUCAUGAGCCUUACCCGCGCACUAUAUCCUUUUUUUUUAUAAAAAAAAACCUUUACGAAUGAACGCCAGGUCACCUUGCCGUCGGAAAUGCUCAUGGCAGAUCCUGUUAUGUCAAGAAGUCUUCCCGCAUUCGAAACGGAGCUGAAUAACAUUACAACGCAUUCUUUAUGAGGUCAAAGAAAUGGAGGUGGAGUCUUUGCCUUUGGUGAUAUGAUCACCUUUUAUUUUAUUUUCAGUCUCUUCUAAAGCAGCCGUGUUUGCGGCAAACCGUACAAAUGCUUUGUUAGGACCAGGCGUCGGGUCAUUUGCAUAAACAAUUUUUGAUGUAUUUUUUUAUUCUUUGCUCUGCGUGGCCACGAUCAUUACAUAUGCACAUGGAGGAAAUUGACAUUGAGGUAGCGGACCUUGAUGAAGAAAGGAGG